AUGGGUGCUGGAGCAAGUGCAGAAGACAAAAAGUCAAAGGAGUUGGAAAAACAACUCCAAGAAGAUGCUGAUAAGGAUGCUAAAACAGUCAAGCUCUUACUGCUUGGCGCUGGUGAGUCAGGAAAGAGCACCAUCGUAAAACAAAUGAAGAUUCUGCAUCAAGGAGGUUAUACAAAGGAGGAACAACUGGAGUUUAGAGCAAUCAUCUACGGCAACAUCCUGCAGUCUGCUCUGGCUAUCAUCAGAGGCAUGGAGAUGCUGGCCAUUGAUUUUGGCGCACCCGGUGCACAGGAGGAUGCACAGAAGCUGCAGAACUUGUCAGACUCCAUUGAGGAAGGCACAAUGCCCAGUGAGCUGGCUGACGUCAUCAAGAAGCUGUGGAACGACUCUGGUGUGCAGGCCAGCUUUGACAGAGCUGCUGAAUAUCAACUCAACGACUCCGCUGGCUACUACCUCAAUGAAAUGGACAGAAUCUGCAAGUCAGACUACCUUCCCACCGAGCAGGAUGUGCUGCGAUCUCGAGUCAAAACAACUGGUAUCAUUGAAGAACAGUUCUCCUGCAAAGAGUUGCACUUCAGGAUGUUCGAUGUGGGUGGCCAGAGGUCAGAGAGAAAGAAGUGGAUCCAUUGUUUUGAGGGUGUGACCUGCAUCAUCUUCUGUGGAGCUCUCAGUGCAUAUGACAUGGUGCUCGUAGAGGACGAUGAAGUGAACCGCAUGCACGAGUCUCUCCAUCUAUUCAACAGUAUCUGUAACCACAGAUUCUUUGCACUGACCUCCAUUGUGCUUUUCCUCAACAAGAAGGAUCUCUUUGAGGAGAAGAUCAAGAAAGUCCAUCUGAGUAUCUGCUUCCCAGACUAUGACGGCCCCAACACAUAUGACGAUGCCGCCAACUACAUCAAGACACAGUUCUUGGACCUGAACAUGAAGAAGGGUCAGAAAGAAAUCUACAGCCAUUUGACCUGUGCCACAGACACAAAGAACGUCGAGAUUGUGUUCAACGCUGUGACAGACAUCAUCAUCAAAGAAAACCUUAAAGAUUGCGGUCUUUUCUAA